CCAUUUCCUUCUCCACACAUUCACAACAACUUUGCAAGCUUCACUCCUCAUCCAUGGCGUCCCCUCUCUCCUGUGACGCCUCCGACCUCGCCCCGCUCCUUGGAGGUGCCGCCAACUCCACGGCGGCGGCGGCCUUCCUCUGCAGCCGCUUCUCCGCCAUCUCCAACAAGUUUGUGGACACCUCCUACGCCGUGGACAACACGUAUCUCCUCUUCUCGGCCUACCUCGUGUUCGCCAUGCAGCUUGGCUUCGCCAUGCUCUGCGCUGGCUCCGUCCGCGCCAAGAACACCAUGAACAUCAUGCUUACCAACGUCCUGGACGCCGCGGCCGGCGGCAUCUCCUACUACCUCUUUGGCUUUGCCUUCGCCUUCGGAUCGUCCUCUAAUGGCUUCGUUGGCCACCACUUCUUCGGCCUGAAGGAGUACCCCUCGCCGGCGGGCGACUACAGCUUCUUCCUCUACCAAUGGGCCUUUGCCAUCGCUGCCGCCGGCAUCACGAGCGGCUCGAUAGCCGAACGGACUCAGUUCAUUGCCUACCUCAUCUACUCCUCCUUCUUGACUGGCUUCGUCUAUCCGAUAGCCUCUCACUGGUUCUGGUCAGGCGACGGGUGGGCCAGCCCGACCCGAACCAACGAUGACCUCCUGUUCGGGUCCGGCGCUAUCGACUUUGCUGGGUCGGGAGUUGUCCACAUGGUCGGCGGCAUUGCGGGCCUCUGGGGAGCCCUGAUUGAGGGCCCGCGUAUCGGCCGGUUCGACCACGCAGGGCGGUCCAUCGCUUUGCGCGGCCACAGUGCGUCGCUUGUGGUCCUUGGAUCAUUCCUCCUAUGGUUCGGGUGGUACGGAUUCAACCCUGGCUCGUUCCUCACCAUACUGAAGACGUACGGCACGAGCGGGGACUACUACGGCCAAUGGAGCGCGGUCGGGAGGACAGCGGUCACAACCACACUGGCCGGGUGCACUGCGGCCCUAACGACCUUGUUCGGCAAGCGGCUGCUGGCGGGCCACUGGAACGUCACCGACGUGUGCAACGGCCUGCUGGGCGGGUUCGCCGCAAUCACCUCAGGCUGCUCCGUGGUCGAGCCUUGGGCGGCGAUCGUGUGCGGGUUCGUGGCCGCGUGGGUCCUCAUCGGGUGCAACAAGCUCGCGGAGAAGUGCAAGUACGACGACCCGCUCGAGGCGGCGCAGCUCCACGGCGGGUGCGGCGCGUGGGGGCUGCUCUUCACGGGGCUCUUCGCGAGGGGGCUCUACGUGGACGAGGUCUACGGCGGUCGGGGGAGCAGGCCGCACGGGCUCCUCAUGGGCGGCGGCGGGCGGCUUCUGGCGGCGCAGGUCAUCCAGAUCCUGGUGAUCUGUGGGUGGGUGACGGCGACGAUGGGCCCGCUCUUCUACGGACUGCACAAGCUCAAGUUGCUGAGGAUUUCGAGCAAGGAUGAGAUGCAAGGGAUGGACUUGACCAGGCACGGCGGGUUCGCGUACGCGUACCACGACGAGGAUGAUGUGUCCAUGAAGGCCUACGGGUUCAUGAUGAGGAAGGUGGAGCCCGCCAUCUCAAGCCCAACAUCGUACGAGAAUGCACCAGCCGUCUGAUCGGAUCCCUCCUUUUUUGAUCGUGCGUCCAUGGUUUGUUCGGUCGGAGCCUUAGAGCAAGAGCAAAAGUCCUUACAGCAACUCUUUUUCUUCCUUGGGGGCUUCUUCUCCGUUAAGGGCAAAAUAUAUGGAAAAAGGAGACAAAAGAGGUUGCAUACCAUAUGGUGUCCAUAUUGUUGUGGUGAUUGUUAGUGGUAUGUAUGAUACUCUAAAUUGGCAAUAAACCGGUGUGGUUUUCCUCUUUAGUGAUA